AUGCCCGUCGGCGCUGUCAUUCUCUUCUUCGUCUUACUCUCCUCCACCAUAUCCUCCAAAAUCCAAAACUGCCGCUGCAUCGUCAUUGCCGCAGUAGGCUGUAUCAGCAUCCUAGGCAGCGCCCUCGUCUACGCGACCGAGUCCAUCGCCUCCCGGUACGCCGGCCUCCUGCUCAUGGGCGUCUACUCAGUUAGCAUGCCCCUGUCGCUGGCAAUGGUAGCCUCGAAUAUCGGCGGGUUCAGUAAGCGGGCGACUGUCAGCGCGAUCUAUUUCGUUAUGUAUUGCGCGGGAAAUAUCAUUGGGCCGCAGUUGUUUUUUGAGCGUGAGGCGCCGAGGUAUCAGAGCGGGUUUCAGGCGGUCAUUGUUUGUUUUGUGGUUGUGGUGGUGGUGGCUCUUGUGUUGGGGGCGUAUUUGCGGUGGGAGAAUCGGAGGAGGGAUAGGGUUGCUGGUCCCGUUGAGGACGCUGAGAAGCCCACGGAGUUGGUGGAUAUUACUGAUCUGACGAAUAUGCAGUUCAGAUAUGUGUACUAG